AUGAUCCUCAACACAGUGCUAGUGGUCUUGACGGACCUGGCCGCCCACCUGCUUGGAAACAGUUCAUUCCGUCGGCACUUCCAUCUUGUGUUGUCUGCCACUUUGUUGUUCGGGCCAGUGCUGAGUCUCUGGGUGUCCCAGCACAGUGUCUUUGCCAAAAGAAGCCACUUCCUGUACAGGAUGUUUUUGCGAUCAGGUUGGGGGUGGACGUGUAUCUUUGUUGGCUCCUUUGUUUUCCUCCUGUCCUUCUCCACCCGUCGUUCUUUCUCACUGUCCUUCCGUCAUCUCUCUCGGCUUGGAGUCGCUGGUGGACUUUGGUUCGCCUUCUGCAAACUUCUUGACAUUCUCGAGAACGCUACAGGAAGUUGCUAUGAGCCUUUACCGGGCAGCCCAGAGAUCAACAACAGUCAGCCUCUGUUGGUGUUGCGAGAAGGUGAGAGCAAGGCAGAAUGCCUCAAAGCUGGGAUGCUUUGGAGAGGAUACGAAGUUUCAGAGGAUGUCUUCCUCCUGUGUUUCUGCUGCCUGUUGCUUGCUGAGGAAACAGCUGUGUUUGGGCCAUAUUUGAGCCUCGGUGGAUUUUCUGAGGCCCCACUGAGGAUUCUCUUCCUCUUCUGUGUUCUCCUGCUCAGCCUCUGGCUCUUCCUGCUCCUCUGUCUCCUCGCCUACUUUCCUCAGUUCCCCACCCAGCUGCUAGGAGGCGCUUUAGGUUGUUUGAGUUGGAGGGGAUUAUAUCAAGGAUGGUACUGUCAAGGUCCCAGCUGGUACUGCCCAGGAAGGCCUGGACUUGGAAUCCUUAAAAAUCAAGACUGA